GCCGCGCCGCUGGGAACGUGAGCGAUGGAAGCGGCCAAGCUCCUCCCCGCCACCGCCCCUUCGCCGCCGCGCCGCGGGGACGUGCAGUCGCUCGGAGGGCCAUGGAGGCGGUGCGGUGGUGGCUGCGGGCGGGCGGCGGGGCGAGGGCCCUGUGUUCCGCGGUGCUGCUGCUGGCGGCGCUGGGAGGCGAGGCGGCGGAGGCGGAGGAGCCGCGCCCGGCGCGGCAGCGCGGGGACGAGCAGUGCCAUUACUACGCGGGAGGGCAGGUCUACCCUGGGGAGGCGGCUCGGGUGCCGGUCUCCGACCACUCGCUGCACCUCAGCCAGGCCAAGAUCUCCAAGCCAGCACCUUACUGGGAAGGAACAGCAGUCAUUAAUGGAGAGUUUAAAGAGCUGAAAUUAACAGACUAUGAAGGAAAAUACCUUGUCUUCUUCUUCUAUCCUCUUGACUUUACAUUUGUGUGUCCGACUGAGAUCAUCGCCUUCAGUGACAGAAUUGAAGAAUUCAAAGCAAUAAAUACUGAAGUAGUUGCAUGUUCUGUGGACUCGAAGUUCACCCACUUAGCAUGGAUUAAUACUCCUCGAAAACAAGGAGGACUUGGACCUCUGAAGAUUCCACUUCUUUCAGAUUUGACACACCAAAUUUCAAAGGAUUAUGGAGUAUAUCUGGAAGAUCAAGGGCAUGCACUCAGAGGCCUCUUCAUUGUUGAUGAUAAGAGGAUCCUCCGGCAGAUCACGAUGAACGACCUCCCCGUUGGGAGAUCCGUGGAUGAAACCCUUCGCUUGGUGCAAGCAUUCCAGUACACAGACAAACAUGGAGAAGUUUGCCCUGCUGGUUGGAAGCCUGGCAGUGAAACCAUCAAACCCGAGGAAGCCAUGAGAGUGUGGUGGCCAAGGGAAGAACUGUAAGUAAAUUCUUCAAGGCUCUUGCUGCCAGAUGCUGAUUUAUUACAAGGCCUUGCUCCUGGGGCAAGCAACAUAGCUGUAUGGAGUCCCAGCUAACAAAAUUCUUCCUUUGGUAGGCUGCACUCUCUCUUCCCUCAAUCAGUUACAUCUUUGUGCUGCUGCUGGGUACCUUUACAGAUGAACAGCAACCUCCUUCCAAAUCAGCUGAUGAAUUGCUUCAGUGUUCCCUGGGGCUUGUCCUUUGGUUAUAGAGCUUGUUGUGUUUGCAUGGCUUUGGGUUGUUUGGGGUUGGUUUUUUUUUGACUUGACAUUUUAAU